AUGAUUGUCAAUAAGAAAUUCGAUCGCUUCAAACAAUGGGCCGGAGAGAGGAUGGGGGGUGAAAUCAAGACCAAUCUCUCCGAUAACUUCAAGGCCCUGGAAACGGAAAUGAACGUAAAACACGAAGGUGUUGACCGUAUCCAUAAAUCGUUGAUUUCAUACAUCAAGUCUAUCUCGAAGCGCAGCGAAGGGGAUGAUAAGGAGAAAACACUACCUAUUGCCCACUUGGGUGGUAGUAUGGUCGGCCAUGGAGAGGAUUUCGACGCCAAUUCUGAUUACGGACGUUGUUUGACGAUGUUUGGCAGGGCAGAAGAGCGCAUCGCACGGGUCCAGGAAUCCUACAUCUCGCAGGCCACUUCGAGCUACCUUGAAUCGCUCGAACGAUCCUUGGCCCAGAUGAAAGAAUACCAGGCUGCUCGCAAGAAGCUCGAUAGUCGACGAUUGGCCUACGAUGCCACCCUGUCUAAAAUGCAGAAAGCGAAGAAGGAGGACUUUCGCGUCGAAGAAGAGCUGCGCACUCAGAAGGUCAAGUAUGAGGAGGCCAACGAAGACGUUUUCCGACGGAUGCAGGACAUCAAGGAUUCGGAAGUCGACGGUGUUGCAGAUUUGACAGCGUUUUUGGAAGCACAGCUUAAUUACCAUGAACGGUGCCAAGAAGUGCUUCUCCAAUUGAAGAAUGAUUGGGUCGCAGAUCAACACCAAGCGCAGACACCGAACGGACGUCGUACCGGCCGUGCUCGUUCUAAUACCGCUCAUUCCUACAGAGAACGCUACGAGCCAUUGCAUGAGGAAUCUACGAAUGGCGGCAGCCCUCGCCCAAUCAUCAGAUCGGAUCGUCAUCCUUCAUCUGCCCACAUGGGAUCGCCGGCGAGGGAGACUUACCCAGCCGACAGUCCAUUCCAGCGACCGGUGCUGAACCGUACCUCAACCUUUGAAGGUCCUUCGCAGUUGCGGCAGGUGCAACCAUCCAGCACACCUCCAUGGCAAUCUCGGGCACCUAGUGAGAACUUCAUUUCUCGCAGGGAUAGCUCUCAGACUCGUCCCAUCAGCAUGAUGCCAGACAACCCGUAUAAUGAUCCAUACGAGGAGCCUGCGACAAAUUUCGGCGGCAACCAUGAUGGGUUCUAUUCGGGGCGUCCGAGUCCCCCAAAUUCUGCGUAUGGUGAUGUGAUCUCCAGAAGAGCCAGCUCGGCAACCUUGAACGGCGCGGCAUUGCAGAAGAAAGCUCCUCCCCCACCGCCACCUUCGCGCGCAAAGAAGCCGCCCCCACCUCCACCCAUGAAACGACCCAUGUUGAGCGUGGGCGAUGCAUAG